UUCUGUACACACCUUUAGGACUUUGACCUAGUACAGUAGAACAAAUUUGUGAGGAACACAGUCUGAUGCACAGCAAGCAACAUGCCCAAAAAUGACCGUAAUACAAAGCAUCGUAUUUUAGACUUGUAUGGGGGUUAUGGAAAGAACUGAGCACCUGUCCCUCGUGUGAUCGGCUUACAGAAAUCAUUGACGGUGACUUUGAACCUUUGAAGAGUGAGAUGUGUUUAGUAAAACUGGGACUCAUGGUCAUUCUACGACCAUUGCGUUCUUGAUGGCAGCCUUCACCAGGAGAACGUUAUCGUAGAAAUCUGGGUAAAUAAUCUAGCAAAGGAAGAAUGUAGCCUUCCAAUUUGAACUUUGUCAUCCUCAGCUGCCUGCCGAUCAGUCAUUACAGAAUAUCAGCAGUGUUGGUUCAGCUCGUGCUGUGUUAAUAUGAGGAACGUUCACUCGGAGAACAGGAGCUUGCUUCUAGGAGUCCUUACAGGAGCUGCUGGAGUUAGCAUCGCCUUGCUGUGCUGGAGAAGAUAUGGAAAACAUGGCUACUUUCUCGGCUUGCCUGAGAACUGGUCAUCUGCUACGGAGAACCAAGUUCAGGACAACCAAGGCCAAGGUGCUGUCGUGGUUCUUCAGGGUCGUCAACUGCAAAUACUGGAGAAACUUGGGAGCCUGUUGAAAAGUGUUGAGGAACUCAAGGAGGAAGUUAAAUUUUUAAAAGAAACCAUUCCUAAAUUAGAAGAGCAAAUUAAGGAUGAGCUAAGAGGCAAGAAUGAUGGGAGGAAAGUCAGCCCCCAGCACAGGAGCCUUAAAAGAAAGAAAAGCGAGACCACAAAGACGUCAGGUGAAUACCCUAGUUCUGAGGAAGCAGAAAGUGAAGGAGGGUAUAUCACUGCCCAUACUGACACUGAAGUAGAAUCAGAGGAUGAGCACAGAGUGGGAAUUAUCAAAGCAGAGAAGGCUAAAAUCACUGAAGAAGAAGCUGAACUACAGUCUCUUCUCCAGCAAGCAGAUAGCAGCUACAAUGGCUCAGAGUCAGAGAAGCAAGACGGAUUCAGGAUGUUGCUGAACAAGCAGGAAAAGUAUGGAAAUAAAGUUGAAUUCCUUUGGAGGCUGGCGCGGGCGUACAGCAACAUGUUUUAUCUCACCAACGAUGCAGAAGAAAAGAAAAGUUAUGCAAUUGAAGGGAAAACCGCUGCUGGGAAAGCUGUUGAAUUAGAUGAUAAGAAUGCUGGCAGUCACAGAUGGUAUGCAGUUAUGUGCGGAUACGUGUCUGAAUUUGACAAUGUCCAGAAUAAAAUCAAGAACGGCUAUCUCUUUAAGGAGCAUUUGGAUAAAGCUAUAGAACUCCAUCCAGAAGACCCUCUUCAAUACUACCUCUUAGGCAGAUGGUGCUAUACUGUUUCUCAGUUGUCCUGGAUUGAGAGAAAAGUUGCUGCCACACUUUUUGGAAAUCCCCCCACCUCGACAGUCCAAGAGGCACUGCAGAACUUUCUUAGGGCUGAAGAAAUGCAGCCUGGCUACUCCAAAUACAACUACAUGUAUAUGGCAAAGUGCUACAAGGACCUAGGACAAAAAGCUGUUGCACUGAAAUACUGUGAUGAAGCAUCCGCAAUGCCAUCCGUAACUAGAGAGGAUAUGGAUGCCCAGAAAGAAUUGGAAGCCUUGACUGUGUCCCUGAUGCAGUGAAAAGAUCAAAUUCCAAAUAACUAGUUAUCACUUUGAAUAAAAUAAACCUCCACUAUAUCAUGCAAAUAAUAAUUUUUUUAUUAUACUAUCCAGAAUCAUUGUUUACUUUUAGAUUAUGAUUUAUAGACUACCCUGACCUGUUACACAAAAACUGAUUCAGAGGUAGAUAUUUCAAUUAUUGGGAUUUAAAGAUUAUGUCCGCCCUCUCAACAGUUUGUACAUUUUAUUUUUAUGCAAACUGAAACGUUGGCAACUUUACAAAUGGUCCAUUUUGUCUACUGCUACUCUGCUACUAUGUGUUUCUAAGAUAAGAGAAUAUAAACCAGCCCUGUGUAGUCUUUGUGCUCUUUCAUCCCCCUUACUUCUUACUAAAAUAUUUUUAGUAGAUUAGCAAAAAACUAGGUGAUGGAUUGCAAUAUGACUGCCAGAUCAGACUCCACAGUCUGUUUCUAUGGAAAUGCAUAGAUCUGCAGA